CUUUUGUUGGAUUUCAUAGAAAAUGUUUAUUUUAGAUGUAAAGCACGAGGAAUUUGCUUCAAAUUUUAACUAAACGGCAGCAAAUGGAUCAAGUUAGGCCAGCCCCAUUUGAGUCGGGUUACCAUCACCAUAAAACUCAGUGGUUUCAUAAUGGAAAGAUUGUUGGUGGUACGUCGGGAUCAGGGCUUGUGUACGGGUCAGACCAAAGAGAAAAAAGUAGCUCUUCUGUUUUCCCUCUAGAGCCCCAAAAGGCAAAUCCUACAGCAAUGCAGGAUACAUACAGACCGUCAAGCAAGAGUUAUCAUCUACGAAAUGCCCACAACCAAGGCUAUGAGUUAGGACUUACCUCCUCUUUUGAUACAAAGAUGUCCAGUGACAGAUAUACCAAGAGACAACAUUUCAUCAGAGGAAAGGUGCCAGGUGGAUCAGCAAGUAAUAAGUUGAUUUAUGGUACAGAUGAAGUCCUUCGCCAGGCAAAGUUAAGAGAUGGUAAUAACCCAUCUGGGUUCCUUUAUGGAACAGAAGCAGCAACAAAGGUUGGAAAACCAUCUCCUGGACCUCGACCAAAUAACAUUUUGUGGUUGGAAGAGAGAACUGAAAAAGAAACUUUCAAGAACAAAAACUUAGCGACAACUCAAGACGAAUUUUUAGCAAGACAUUUUGAGGAGAAGACAAGAAGACGACAAGCAGAACUGGAAGAGAAGAGAAAGGAUUUACAAGAUCUAAGAAACUAUGACCCAUGGGGACGACCAGGGGGAGGUGCACCCAUUUUGCCUGAGGUAAUAGCCACCAGAUCACUUCAUGGGUCUGGCACUGAUGAAAAGCCUGAGACAAAAAGAACAAAAAACAUCAAAAAACUUGUUCAGGAGCCUUAUCAGCCAUUUGGAGGCCGGCAGGGUGGGGGAGGGGAUCCAAACAGAACAGAAUCAGGGCGUGUUGCAGCAGGAUUCCGUGCUGAUCCUGAACUGAGAUUUCCAAGGCAUGCAUCCAAAACUAAUGUUGAUCCAAACCUGAGAUAUAGAGGAAGAGACCAGCAUUACAAGCAAGAUCUUGACUCAAUGAUUGAAGGUUCAAGAAAUAUGAAGAUUCUUCAACGGGAAAAAAGCAAAGAGGACGAACUUCAGCAUUUGAAGACAGAUCCAUUUGGAAGAGAAGGAGCUGGUGCUCCACGCAAAACAGGCUCAGGAACUGUUAAGGCUUCAUAUCCCACCACACUGUCAAAGGAUAUUGAAGAACUUCGAAAAGGGCAACGUAGGAAUCCAUUAACCCUUGACUUAAAUGAGAAAGAUGAUGAAAAUCCUCAGGUGAGAAAAAAAGCAGUUUCUGUUCAGUAUGAUCCUUGGGGAAGGGGUCAUGGAAACCCUCCGGCAUUCGAUAGACAAGGACGAAUGAUUAAACCUGUGCGCGAGAAGGAUGAGAAUGACUUGCUUGCUAUUGGUAUUGAAGCUCAUCGACCGGGAGGUGGGGCCCCUAAUGUCGACAAGGGAGGAAAAAUGAAAACAAGGAAAGCGCAAACACUGACUAAGACUUCUAAUGGUGAAACAAUGCAACGUGAUUUCAGCCCCCUGAACCAACGGAACGUUUAUGACCCUUGGGGGAGAUCUGGUGCGGGAGCUCCAAUUAAGGACUCGGAUGGACAAAUUCAAACUCGAACCGCAGGCCGAGUGACUCAUGACUCAAAUUCGAUCUCUCCAACUGGCAAGAAAGACCCGCAAGCCAAGCAGAAACUUCUUACUACUUUACAGCAAAUGUCCGAGGAGAGUAGAAACAGGCGCAAGGCUGAACAUGAAGACUUGUUAACUAGCGAAAAGGACGUCGCUUCCUGGUUGCGGUCGGGUGUGGUUGGUCAGCCCAGUUAUAACCCUACUACCAAGGAGAUAAUUGCUCAAAAGAAACAGACUUCGGACGUCACAUCACAGGUUUUGAAUAUAAGAAGACAGAAAAAUGAAAAAAGCCGUGAAUAUCACACCGACUUGGAAGCUCAAGCGCAGGAAAGAUAUAAGAAUCGCAAACAGAGUGAAGAACAACAGAGAAUCAAGUCUGUAGAGCAUUUGAAGACCAUGGACAAGAUGUGGGGUAGGCCUGGAGCGGGAGCCCCUCUCGGAAAAGAACACUUGGAUUCUGUCCGAAAACAAAAACUUGGUCUUGUUCCUGCCGACUCGUCCGUCACUUAUAGAGAUGCCUAGACGUUUGUCAGACACCCAAAUUUUCAUUCAAAACAAUAACGAAUUUUGGAAUUGAAUAUGGAAAAGGCAGUAACAAGUUAGACUAAUGUGCUUAAAUGUAUUAUUAUAUUUUCGUCAUCGGUAUUUGUAUGUAAAGGAACUAUAUUUUUGCUAAAUCAGUGCUUAUUUUAAUUUAUUAACGUAUCAAAACGAAUCCAGUCAAAAGCACGGCAUAGCUUACUUGGUAACUUUUCGUACUCAUCGAUAUAUUGUAAGAGUGUAUCACAAAGGCGUUGGCUUAUUCAUGAGAUAAAUGGACCUCAGAUGUUCGGGGCAAAAUAGUGUUAUUCCUCUAGGCUGCCGAUCUAAAAAUUAUUGUUAAUAACGUGCAACAGUGAUAAUGUAAUAAUCAUGGUGAAAUGAACCGUUCAUUUGCAGUGCGUCGCUUGAGAUUUGAAAUUGUGAUUAGUUCACUGAGACAGGGUUCCGCUUUCCGUGGGACCUCUCAGACAUUUUUAUGCAGUCACAACAUUAAAAAGGCUCCAGCCGAACAUGGGUGUGCAA